UCCCGAUAUGUCCACAUGUCUAGUAUUAUGCGGCAAGUAAUUACGAUAUAUUAUUUUCCCCUUAAAUUCUCAAUUUAUCAAGUUUAUUUUUCCUUUAUUUUGGCUGCUCGGAGUGCUUUUUUUAAGUUCCCGUGGCUUUCCUGCCUUUCGCUGAAGUAUUAAUCGAGUAUUUAAAAAUUUCAAAAUCUUGUUUAAAAAACUCCGAGCUGCCAUAAAUACCUAUAUUUAUUUACAACAAAACUAUGUAAAAUCUUUCUCUAAAAAUCCACAAUUUUUUUAUAUAUCAUUCCUUAAUUUUUUUACUUAAAAAUGCUGCCUUUUACCUCCUAAAAAUUCCAUUAACAAUUUACUAUAAAUUAAUCAUCCUUUUUAUUGGAUAGCUUAUACGCAUUUUACUACUUAAACAAGCAUAAAAUGAUUGAAAAGAUUUUUUGAAAUUUUUUAUAAAGUGUUGCACUUCAAUUGAAGUUUUUUUACCUUUUUGUGACUUGGGCGUUUUGUCUAAUGAUUUUUCUUAAAAAAAAUUUUAAGCGCUGAUAAUUUUGUUUUUAGACUUUAUUUUUAAAAGAAUAUUUGGAAGUAUGUCUAUGUCAAAAUCUUCCUACACUUAUAACAGAAAAACAUUUGAAGAUGCAGAAUUUCCUAUUUUAUGUGAAACAUGUCUUGGACCAAAUCCAUAUUUGAGAAUGUCUAAAGAUGUUCAUGGAGGUGAAUGCAAAAUAUGUGAACGUCCAUUCACUACAUUUCGUUGGAUGCCAGGCAAAGGUUCGCGUUAUAAAAAGACUGAGGUUUGCCAGACUUGUUCAAAGUUGAAGAAUGUUUGCCAAACUUGUUUGCUCGAUUUGGAAUAUGGUUUACCAGUACAAGUUCGCGACCACGCUCUUCAAAUCAAAGAACAACUGCCUAAACAAGGGGCCAACCGCGACUUUUUUAUUCAAAAUGCGGAUCGUGCAUUGGCUCUAACUGACGGAACUGUCCCUUACGGUCAAUUGGCAAAAAUUACAGAUGCAGGGACAAAUGAAAUGUUGAGAAAAUUGGCUCGAAAUCAGCCAUAUUAUAAUCGGAAUUUGCCUCAUAUUUGUUCAUUUUUUGUCAAAGGAGAAUGUUUACGUGGAGAAGAAUGUCCUUACAGGCAUGAAAAACCAAGCGAUCCGGAUGACCCUUUAUCCCAACAAAAUUUGCGUGAUCGUUAUUAUGGAAGUAAUGACCCGGUAGCCGACAAAUUGUUAAAUCGUGCAAAAGCGUUGCCUAAACUUACGCCUCCAGAUGAUCCUUCAAUAACUACUCUAUUUUUGGGUAAUUUAAGUAGAGAUGAUAAAUUGGUUGUUACUGAAGCUGAUAUUAGAGACUAUUUUUAUCAAUUUGGAGAAAUACGUCAAGUCCACGUUGUCCCGCAAAAAGCAUGUGCAUUUAUUCAAUUUACAUCAAGACACUCAGCAGAAAUGGCUGCUGAUAGAACUUUUGAGCAGCUUACUUUAAAGGGACUCAAAAUCAGAGUUCGUUGGGGUCAACCAAAAUCACAGCCAAUGACUUCAACUGAAAUGAGCAACCGGACAUUCGAGCCAGUGCCAAAUCUUGCUGAUCCCUGCCCUAUACCUUCAUAUGCUUACGACAAUGGCCCAGGCCCUUCAAAACGUACACGAUUUGAACCAGCACCAGGAGAACAACAAAAUCGUCCAUUGAUGCCACCACCAUUAAUUGUUCCAAAUGUUCCACCACCACAAAUUGGUAGAGGAGAAGGACAACAAAAACCGAUUGAUUUGCGGGAUGUAGUAACUAGUGGAAAACAACAAAAACCACCAAGUAUUUAUUACCCUAGCCAGGAUCCUCAUCGUCUGGGUGCAAAAGGAGAUGUUGUUUAA